AUGAUUUCGUCCAAGCGGACACCUGUGCCUCGUUUGGAGGUCGGUGUUGUGCUGUCCGGGUCGACCUUGAUGAGCCGCGGAUCGGUAAUCCACAUGCUAAAAUAUCAAGUCCGCUCGACGAGUCGCCCCGACUUACGCUCGACAGGCAGCACCUCGUCGGGAAUUUCACUGGCCAGCCGAUCCCCUUCCGUUUCCUCACUUUCUUCCCUCGAAAGCACCGACGCCGAUAAUUGCCCCUUCUCGAACCUGAUCCUCGCAAUUCCUGGAGAAAACUUCUGGAAAUUUGGGAAGGGAGUUCUCAAAAUCUACACGCUAAAUGUUGCGGCGUUCUCCGACUACAAAGCCCUCCGUGUGCACACGUCGACUACGGUGGCUGAGGUGAUAGACACACUUGUCAAUAAGUUUAAGUUAUCAGCGAAAGACCCGAACCUCUUCGAGAUGUUUAUGGAGGUGACGACACGCCAUGAAGGGCGCCCAAUCCGUAGCCUGCUACUCCUCCACCCCGACUGUCGACCCCUCGAGAUGUACAGAUGCCAUCCACCAGAUAUGUCGCGAUUUAUUGUUCAUCUACGGUCUGGCGGCACGCUCGUCCGAGUGCAUGAUCACCAUCUGGAGCCCCAGAGCAACUACAAGUCGUUGAUGUUGGCAGGGGAGACGACGGCGGAGACUGCCACGCGAUUGGUGAUGGCAAUGAAUCGGAGGGAUCCGCUUGACGGCUCUUGGGCACUGUUUGUUGAGGGCAACGACGGUGAAUCAGCUCAAAUCCCCAGCGACGCCCCACUGGUACCAAUAUCGAAAAUGCUAGGCGAUAAGCACAGAAUAUUAAUCAAAAAGUUACCAAAAUCC